AUGCAAUCCUCCCACGAGAGACGUCUACCUAUAUCUAGACAUUUCCAUUUGCUUUCGAUCUCAUAGGUUCUUUUCAUUUCUCAAUUAUUAUCACCAUCUUCUUUCAGUUUUGGACCAAAUAUCAUGAAGCCCCUCAUGCUAGCCAACCUCACCCUUUUAUUCCUUUGCUUUGAAGCCACUCACCAAUCUCCAUGGCCUCUCACUCUUCUUUUCCCGUUUUUGUUUUUCUUAGUUAUCCUUUUGAACUAUUGGCUUGUCCCUGGAGGCUUUGCAUGGAGAAACCACCGUCAAAGCGCUCCCAAACUACGUGGCCCAUCAGGUUGGCCUAUAUUAGGCAACUUACCUGAUCAAAUGGCUGCUCUUGCUCAUCGCAGAUUGGCCGCCAUGGCCGCGUCACAUGGUGCGACUCGGCUCAUGGCAUUUAGUCUAGGAGCCACUCGUGCAAUCAUUAGCAGCCAUCCUGAGACCGCUAAGGAAAUCCUAUGUGGGUCUUCUUUUUCAGACCGACCAAUAAAAGAAUCAGCUCGUUUACUGAUGUUCGAGCGUGCCAUUGGUUUCGCUCCCUCCGGCAAUUAUUGGCGCCAUCUUCGUAGGAUUGCUGCAACUUACAUGUUCUCCCCUAGGAGAAUCUCCAGGCUGGAGGAACUGCGGCAACGAGUGGCUAAUGAAAUGUUUGUUGGAGCGUGGAAGGAGAUGGAGGAAAGAGGAUUUGUGGAAUUGAGAGGCAUAUUCCAAAGGGGUUCUCUGAGUAACAUUCUAGAGAGUGUGUUUGGGAGUUGCUUAAAUUUAGAAAGAGAAGAGUUGGGUGGUAUGGUGAGAGAAGGGUAUGACCUGAUAUCAAAAUUUAAUUGGGAAGAUUAUUUGCCUCUAAGGUUUUUGGACUUCUAUGGGGUGAAGAGAAGGUGCCAUAGAUUGGCAGGAAAGGUUCGUAAUGUUGUGGGUCAGAUGGUCAAAGAAAGAAAAAGUAGUCCUGGAGAUCAGUCGUUCAGUGGUGGUAAUGAUUUUCUUAGUGCUUUGUUAUCCCUGCCUAUGGAGGAUCAACUAAGUGAUUCAGACAUGGUUGCUGUCUUGUGGGAGAUGAUAUUUCGUGGAACGGACACGGUUGCCGUACUUCUAGAGUGGAUAAUGGCCAGGAUGGUUUUGCACCAAGACAUUCAAACAAAAGCCCAGCAAGAGCUUGACACGUGUGUGGGCAAUAGCAGGCACGUGCAAGAUUCCGACCUACCAAACCUUCCUUAUCUCCAAGCCAUAGUCAAAGAAGUUCUUCGUAUGCACCCUCCAGGCCCAUUACUCUCGUGGGCCCGUCUUGCUGUCCAUGAUGUCCAUGUCGGUAAGGUCCUUGUGCCAGCUGGCACAACAGCACUAGUGAACAUGUGGGCCAUAACCCACAACCCAUCCAUCUGGAAGGACCCAUGGACCUUCAGGCCCGAACGUUUCAUUGAAGAGGAUGUGUCCAUCAUGGGCUCCGAUCUAAGGCUCGCACCAUUUGGGUCAGGCCGUAGGGCGUGCCCUGGCAAGGCAUUGGGGUUAGCCACGGUGCACUUGUGGCUCGGACGGCUUCUUCAUCAAUUUAAAUGGCUUCCGACAGAGCCUGUAGAUCUUUCGGAAUGCUUGAGGCUCUCGCUCGAAAUGAAAACUCCAUUAACAUGCCGUGUGGUUCGUCGAUGUAGCAUUAUGAGCUCAUGAAGCUUGUUAAUGUACUUUGUGUCUAUAUAUAUAUAUUUAAAAUAAAAAUAAAAAGAUGGUGUGGUUCUAGGAACUAUGAAAAAAAGUGUGAUUAAGGAUAUGGUAAGCCCGAUGUUUAAUUUGGAUGGGGAGGAAGUGGACGCCUGAACAUUGUAAUCUGUUGUAUUAAGUUACUCUAUUUAUGUGUAUAUUGAAGUUGGUUGAGUUUGAGUU